CCCAUUGCAGAAAGAGAAAAGAGAAAAACAAAAGAUCAUGCGAUGAACCAAUUUAUUGUCUAUUGAGUCAUGCCGACAUGCAACUCCUCCUCCUAAAGGCCAGAUUAGUUUGACAAAUCAGUCGACCUUUCAAAGACAGAAUUACACAAGCAUUGGCUUUCUUACUACGUAGUUGACUUCUAAAGGAAAGCAGUUGCUGGAUUUUAUUUAGGGGCAUCGAAACUGGUAUUUAAUUAAGAUCGUUAUUUGUAAAAAAAAAAAAAAAGAAAAGUGAAAUCUAUGUAUUUCCUUUUUUUUGCAGCUAUUAGCUCCUUUGUUUUGGUCUAGCUUAAUAAAAUAUGCUGAAAUGUCUGUUUGUAACGUGGUAAAAUAUGAAAAGUGGGGUUGGUAAAAUUGGGGUGCGGGAAAGCCUGCGUGUGUGUUUGUGCUGAGCAGGCCUGUUUGCUGAAUCCUCUUGGCUCUCUCCGUGUGUGCCCACACACAGAGCUCGCUGGCAGCCCGGGCGGCCGGCUGGCAGGACGGGCGGACGGGCAGGGCAGCCCGUGCCAACACAGCUGCCUAUUGAGAGGCAGCGUUACGGACACAAUGUGAGCGACAGACUUGCUGUAUCAACAGCUCCCCCUUUUCUGCUGUUGUGGCCAGAAAUAAGCCAUAAAUACCCCCCCUCUUCGUCUCUGGCCUCUAAUGGCUCGACCCCUCCAAACACCGAGUGGCACAAAAGCAGAGGGACGCUACCACUUCCUUUCAGGCAUACCAAGUGGAGGAGCAGUGGAUCAGGAGGAUGUCGGAGCACCAGAGCGCCCCGGAGCAGCUUGCUGCUGGGAAGAGCCAGGGUGGAGCUGGAGCCGCGUAUAAGGUGGUGGUGUUUGAGUUUGAAAAUUUCCAGGGCUGUAAGGCGGAGUUUUCCUCAGAGUGCAAAGAUGUGACGGAGAAGGGACUGGAGAAGGUCGGCUCUUUGAUCGUGGACUCCGGGCCCUGGGUGGGGUAUGACCGACAUGGGUUCACAGGAGAGCAGUUUGUUCUGGAAAAAGGCGAGUAUCCACGCUGGGACACCUGGACCAACAGUCAGCGCAGCUUCUCCCUCCUGUCGCUAAGGCCUCUUAAAGUGGAUAGCGCUGAACACAAGCUCCACCUCUACGAAAGCCCUGGCUUCACCGGCAGGAAGAUGGAGAUUGUUGAUGAUGAUGUGCCCAGCUUGUGGGGCCACGGUUUUCAAGAUCGGGUAGCGAGUGUCAAGGCUCUCAAAGGAACGUGGGUGGGCUACAUGUACCCAGGCUACAGGGGCCGCCAAUACAUCUUCGAACGAGGAGACUUCAAGCACUGGAACAACUGGGAGGCCCCCUCUCCCCUGAUCCAAUCUGUCCGACGUGUGCGGGACAUGCAGUGGCACAAGAGAGGAUGUUUCAUCAUUCCUGACCCCGACCCCGCUCCCGCCCCUGCUCCCGGCCCAGACCCUGAUCCGGCUCCUGCUCCGUCUCCGGCUCCUCCUGCCCCUCCCGCGACAGCCGGGGCCAGCUGAGCGGGAUCCUCACCUGCCCUCUCAAACUCCAGCUCUGCCCCAAAGUGCCGGCCCUCUGCCCUCACCUAACCAUGGCAAACUCUACUUGUAGCCAGUCACGAGUGCCAUGUGUGUUUCACUGGCAAAUAAAGGUUGUUUGACCUGAAAUCUGUUGGUGAUGUUAUAAUUGUGUUGCAAGUUGGACAUUUUCUUUCCUAAGAUCUGCAAAAAAAAAAAAAAGAAUCCAGAACAUAAAUGUAAAAUUGGCCUCUAUUUAAAAGUAAUUUAUACUGUAAAUUUUGAGAUUUUUUUGGUUUUUCCAUGAAAUAAACCACAGUUUUGUUUCAACUA